GAAAUUAAGACGUUUGGCUAACAUUUCAUCUUUCUAUUUUUAACUAAUAAAAGUCUUUUCCUCCUUCAUUUCUUCUAUAUCUUUUUCUCCUCCUCUUGGAAUUGUUUCAUUGAUCAGAAAAAAGGUGUCUGUCAACUUGUAAUAGAAAAUGGCGUACGAGGAAAACUUUCAGCAAAUGUUUGAACCGAAAUAUGAUUGUCUUUUGUUUGACAUAGAUGAUACUCUUUACCCUUUCAGUUCUGGUCUCUCUGCGCUAGUUACAAACAACAUUCAAGAGUAUAUGAUUCAGAAACUUGGUAUUGAAGAAGAUAAAGUUCAAGAACUGUGCCUUGAGCUUUACAAAAUCUAUGGAACAACUAUGGCUGGUCUCAAGGCUGUGGGUUAUGACUUUGAUUACGACGAUUUCCAUCGUUUUGUUCAUGGGAGAUUGCCAUACACAACACUGAAGCCUGACCCUAUUUUAAGGAACAUUAUUCUUAGCUUGCCUUUUCGGAAAGUUGUUUUCACGAAUGCAGACAAGGCCCACGCAGCCAUGAUUAUAGCCAGGCUAGGUCUAGAAGGCUGCUUUGAGACGAUCAUAUCUUUCGAGACUCUGAACCCAAACACCAAAACUGAAUCUCCUGUUGCUGCUACUGGAACCAGAGCAAUCUUCGACAUUUGCAGUUACAUUGCAAACCCUGACCCGGCCAUCUAACUCCCAAAGACUCCGGUUAUAGGCAAACCAUUUGAAGUAGCAUUUGAACAUGUUUUCAAGAUGACCAACAUCAAUCCUCAUAAGACAUUGUUCUUCGAUGACAGCAUCCGUAACAUACAAACCGGGAAACGUGUGGGUCUCCACACCGUAUGGGUUGGGACUUCACAGAAAGAUGAAGGAGUAGAUAUAGCAUUGGAGCAUAUUCACAACAUACGUGAAGCUCUUCCUGAACUAUGGGAAGCAGUUGACGACAAAGCCGAGGAGAUUAGAUCCAGGCAAAAGGUCGCCAUUGAAACCAUUGCUUAAACCAAACAAUUUCAAAGCUCAUAAGUAACACAAAAGACAUAGCACGAAUACUACUUUAUCACUACUCGCUCUUGGAGGAGAAAAUAAGAAGUGUAAUCUAAAGCUUUUUUUAUUGAGAGAAACAGGGAAUGUAACGAAACAAGUUGAGUUUAUUUAAUUAAUAAUAUAUUAAAAAU